GCUCAUGGACUGACGGACUCCAUUUCCCAGAGUUCCCCGCGGCUCUUGUGGUCCAGGGAGGACCUGAGGGGGUGGAGGUGUUCAUGUGAUGGAGAGACUCACUGGGGACCGGAGACCGAGCAUCACCGGAGACCGGAGCCUGUGACCGGGGAGCUGCAACAGCGGGACUCGCUCCGUUUUCUUUUGUUCACUAGUCCUCCUCCUCCUCCUCCUCCUCCUCCUCCUCCUCACUAGACGAUUCCUUGAGGCGGACGCCGGUGCUGUUGUGUUGCUGUGCUGUUGUGUGUCGGUGAUGGAUGCGGCGGAGUGCGGGCUGUGCGGGGUGAAGGUGAUGUGUCGCUUCAGGCCGCUGAACGACGCUGAGCGGAGCCGCGGAGACAAAUUCACCCCGAAGUUCAACGGAGAGGACACCGUGGUGGUGGCGGGGAAGCCGUAUGUAUUUGACAGAGUCCUUUCACCAAACACUGAACAGGUUCAAGUUUACGACGCCUGCGCCAAACAGAUCGUCAGAGAUGUGUUGGGAGGAUACAACGGGACCAUUUUCGCUUACGGUCAGACGUCGUCAGGAAAGACUCACACCAUGGAGGGGAAUCUCCACGACCCUCGUCAGAUGGGAAUCAUUCCUCGUAUCUCCAGAGACAUCUUUGACCACAUCUACUCCAUGGACGAGAAUCUGGAGUUUCACAUCAAGGUUUCUUAUUUUGAGAUAUAUCUGGAUAAAAUCAGAGACUUACUGGAUGUGUCAAAGACAAACCUUGCUGUUCACGAGGACAAAAAUCGUGUUCCCUUCGUGAAGGGCUGUACAGAGCGUUUUGUCUCCAGUCCUGAGGAGGUGAUGGACGUUAUUGAUGAAGGGAAAGCAAACAGACAUGUGGCUGUCACCAACAUGAACGAGCACAGCUCUCGCAGCCACAGCAUUUUCCUGAUCAACAUCAAGCAGGAGAACGUGGAGACGGAGAUGAAACUGUCGGGGAAACUUUACCUGGUUGACCUGGCAGGGAGCGAGAAGGUCAGUAAGACGGGAGCAGAAGGUGCUGUAUUGGACGAAGCAAAAAACAUCAACAAGUCUCUUUCUGCUCUCGGAAACGUCAUCGCUGCUCUGAGUGAAGGAACAAAAACUCACGUCCCGUACAGAGACAGCAAGAUGACCCGAAUCCUGCAGGACUCACUGGGGGGAAACUGUCGAACCACAAUCAUCAUCUGCUGCUCACCCUCCAUUUACAACGAGGCUGAAACCAAGUCCACCCUCAUGUUUGGCCAGAGGGCUAAAACCAUCAAGAACACAGUGUCUGUGAACCUGGAGUUGACCGCUGAGGAAUGGAAAAAGAAGUAUGAGAAGGAGAAAGAGAAGAGCAGGAGUCUGAGCAUUGUGAUCCAGAAACUGGAGAAUGAACUGAAACGCUGGAGAAAAGGUGAGUCUGUACCUUUAGAAGAGCAGCUGAGCAGCAGAAACAAGAAAAGCACCAUUGAGACGACAGCAGUGAUUGACAGCAUGGCUCCACCCCCGGCUCCUCUGUCCGAAGAGGAGAAGACGCAGUAUGAGACGCUCAUCGCCAACCUGUACCAACAGCUGGAUGACAAAGAUGAUGAGAUCAACCAGCACAGUCAGACAUCUGAGAAACUCAAACAGCAGCUGAUUGAUCAGGACGAGCUGCUGGCCUCUGGCCGUCAGGACUACGAGCGGCUGCUGGAGGAAAUGUCCCGACUGCAGAGGGACAGCGAUUCAGCUAAAGAGGAGGUGAAGGAGGUGCUGCAGGCUCUAGAGGAGCUUGCUGUUAACUAUGAUCACAAGAGCCAGGAGGUGGAGAUCAAGAAUCGCUGCAAUGAACAGCUGAACGAGGAGCUAGCACAUAAAACUGUAAUUCUGGAGACUGUCCAGAGAGAGUUGUCUCUUCUGCAGGAGGUUAGCUCUCACCAUAAGAAGAGGUCAGCAGAUAUAAUCAGUCUGUUGCUCAGAGACCUCAGCGACAUUGGCAGCGUCCUCGGAACCACUGAGCUCAAAGCUAUGACCGAAGUGAGCGGAGUGAUGGAGGACGAGUUCACCACAGCUCGUCUCUACAUCAGUAAAAUGAAAUCUGAAGUGAAGUCUCUGAUGAGUCGCAGCAAACAGCUGGAGGUCAGCGUCAUGGAAAAGAGCUGCAGGAUGGAGGCCAACGAGAAGGAGCUCAGCACCAGUCAGCUGCUUGUCUCUCAGCUCCAGGCUAAGCUGGUGUCUCUGAGUGACGACCUCCAGAUGGUGGAGCAGAAGAAGAGGAAGCUGGAGGAGAGUCAUGAUUCUCUGAUGGAGGAGGUCGCUAAGCUCCAUGCUCAAGGUCAAAUGCAUGAGGUCACAGUGAUGGACAAAGAGAAAGAACACAUGAGCAGACUGAAGGAUGCAGACGACAUGAAGGUGAUCAAAUCAAACACACCCAGUCUUCCAGACUGAUCCUCCGUCAAUGAUCCCAAUGUUUGGGGAUGUAUCCUGCAACACGCCUGACACAUGACACAUGAUACAUGACACAUGACACA